GGGAGGCCCAGCGCCCAGGGCAGCGGACAGCGGGCAGCGCCGCCCGGCGCCCCCAGGCUCUGGGCGGGCCAGCAGCAGGGCGGGGAGGCGGUGCCUGCCGAGCAGGGAGGCGGUGCUCGUCGGGAGGACGGGCCGGGCGGGGGGAGUUUAUCCCACUAGAAGGGAACAGUUUCUCCUGCUGAGUCUUGACAGCGUCAGGCAGAGGUCCACAGUGAGGGCAGGGCUGAUCACCUCCUCGGAUUACAAUGGUCGACACAGAAAUGCCGUUUUGGCCCAUUAAUUUUGGAAUUAGCCCAGUGGAUCUGUCUGCCAUGGAAGAUCACUCUCAUUCCUUCGACAUAAAGCCCUUUACCACUGUUGAUUUUUCUAGUAUUUCUUCACCACACUAUGAAGAUAUUCCUCUUGCAAGAACUGACCAGACAGCCAUUGAUUACAAAUAUGAUAUCAAGCUCCAGGAAUGCCAAAGUGCAAUCAAAAUGGAGCCUCCUUCCCCACCUUAUUUUUCAGAAAAAGUUCAGUUGUACAAUAAACCUCCUGAAGAGACCUCCAAUUCUCUCAUGGCUAUAGAAUGCAGAGUAUGUGGGGACAAGGCUUCUGGAUUUCAUUAUGGCGUGCAUGCAUGUGAAGGUUGUAAGGGUUUCUUUCGAAGAACAAUCAGGUUAAAGCUAAUCUAUGACAGAUGUGAUCUGAAUUGUCGCAUUCAUAAGAAAAGCAGGAAUAAAUGUCAGUAUUGCAGAUUUCAGAAAUGCCUUGCAGUUGGCAUGUCACAUAAUGCUAUCAGGUUUGGGCGAAUGCCACAAGCUGAGAAGGAGAAGCUCCUGGCAGAGAUUUCCAGCGACAUCGACCAGUUAAACCCAGAGUCUGCUGAUCUUCGAGCCCUUGCCAAGAACUUGUAUGACUCAUACAUAAAGUCCUUCCCUCUGACCAAAGCCAAGGCGAGAGCGAUCUUGACAGGAAAAACGACAGACAAAUCACCAUUUGUUAUUUACGACAUGAACUCCUUAAUGAUGGGUGAAGAUCAGAUCAAUUGCAAACAUGUGACACCCCUGCAGGAGCAGAACAAAGAGGUGGCAAUUCGUAUCUUCCAGCGGUGUCAAUUUCGCUCAGUGGAGGCAGUGCAGGAGAUCACAGAAUUUGCCAAAAGCAUUCCAGGUUUUGUGAACCUUGACCUGAAUGACCAAGUAACUCUCCUGAAAUACGGUGUCCACGAGAUCAUAUAUACAUUGCUGGCCUCACUGAUGAAUAAAGAUGGAGUUCUCAUAUCCAAUGGACAAGGAUUCAUGACGCGGGAGUUUCUGAAGAGCCUGAGAAAACCUUUUUGUGACUUUAUGGAGCCCAAAUUUGAGUUUGCUGUGAAGUUCAAUGCACUGGAACUAGAUGAUAGUGACCUGGCAAUAUUUAUAGCUGUCAUUAUACUCAGUGGAGAUCGCCCCGGUUUGUUGAAUGUGAAGCCCAUUGAAGAUAUACAAGACAAUUUGCUGCAAGCUUUGGAGCUCCAACUAAAGCUGAAUCACCCAGAAUCAUCACAGCUGUUUGCAAAGUUGCUUCAGAAAAUGACGGACCUCAGACAGAUUGUAACAGAACAUGUGCAGCUGUUGCAAAUAAUAAAGAAAACGGAGACAGAUAUGAGUCUUCAUCCACUCCUACAAGAAAUCUACAAAGACUUGUAUUAAUGACCACAAAAAUUCUAAUCCGCUGACAUAAUGUACGUUCUUCAAAUUGCACUAUUUCUUUGAGGGAAAACAUUACAUACCUAAGAAAUUACUGUGAAAUACCAUUUAAAAAAGAGAGAAAGCUUUAGUAUAGUAGAUGUAUUUUAUGCAUAUUGUUUAUAAAGACACAUUUACAAUUUACUUUUAAUAUUAAAAAUGUCUAUAUCAUGAAAUUGUUGGCAGUAUUUUCAGAAUUAAUUUUUUAACUAUCUUAUUUCUUAAACAAAAUUGCUUGUCCAAUAUGUUUAAAACGUCAUUGAAGUUGGUUAACCGUGCAGUUAAAUUUUCAACUUAAAAAUAAAAGUCUUCUUCCUCAAACAUGUCUAGAGGAAAUCCAAGAUACUACAUCUGGUUCUAUAAGUGAAACUCAAAAGUUAGCAACAAAAACAAUGAUUGAAUCUCAGGUUAUUGCAAUUCUUCAUGAGAACUCAAAAGACUAUAGUUAUACAUACUGGGCCUGGUUACAUCUGGACCCACUUUAAGACUCUUACACUGCCAUCUCCAAAUGUAAGUGACAUCAGGAAACCACCAGCAGUUUACGCCAUUUUUAGGAACAAGAAGCCUUUUUAGUUAACUUAGUCCAAGAGCAGUCUAUGCUAUGCAACUGGGGCUGAGACUUAUUUCACAUUAUGCACCAUCAUCAAGCAGCAUAUUCAGCUCAACGUGCUAUGUAAAAUAGAAAUAAAGUAACUUUUAUGAACAUCAA